ACGAAUGAAUUACCUUGAAUAUUCAGAAUCAGUUUUAAGUUACUGUGUAGCUUAUGUUGGCAGUAUUGUCAGAAAGAAAUUCACAGCGUAUCUGCUUUAUGUCAGCUGAUCAGAAAGAAGCAGACACGUUCUGUUUUGUUUGCAUUUGCUUAAAUUUAUCUUUAUUUAAUGAACCAUCGAGACGGUUAGCAAUGACCAGUGCUUUGUGUUGACAUGCUUGUCAUUCAAGGCAUGUCUCUCAAGAUAUUACAAAGGUUACAUCAACCCUUGAAAUGGACACAAGCCUGUGGAUUUAGAAACAGGACAGUAAAUGGAUUAAACAGUGUCAGCGCCAUGAGGUUAAACUGCUCAACACUGGCAUCCAUUGCACCUACACCAAACCUUCUUAAAGACCAGAGCAGCUGUCACAUCAGUUUACAUCACCAUAGAUACUUAUUGCAAAGAGGAAUGUUUCAAAGACCACAUUUUGAAGCGCUGAUUCCCUUAAAUUUAAUAUCCAAAACAUGGAGUAUACAAAUGAGAUUGCAGUCCACAACAACCGCCACCAAAUCAGUACUGAAACAAGGAGGUAUGCCCGGAAAAAGGACCUUUAAGGGACCAAGAACCAAACAGCCAUCACGAACCACUCAGCCCAGUCUGGAGGAGGACAUGAUGCAGUGCAUUGCAUACGCAACUGCAGAUCAGUACCAUUUACCCACACUCUGUCACGAUCUCAUAGCUCAUGGCUUCAGUGAAAUCAAAGAAUUUCCCAGAGACGCUUCCAAUGUUUUGGUGAUGGGAACAGAGAAUGCUGCAAAGCCAAAUGACAGUGGCACAAUGUUCUUCUUCAGAGAAGGCUCAGUGGUGUUCUGGAAUGUUGAUGAGAAAACUGUAAAGACAGCGAUGAGGAUACUGGAGCAGCAUGAAAUUCAACCCUAUGAAAUUGCUCUGAUCCACUGGGAAAAUGAAGAAAUCAAUUAUACAGUAGGAGAGGGUAAUUCAAAGCUCCAUCAUGGAAUCUUCUUGUUUAACGGAGAGCUGGAUUAUGAGCAGGUUGUUCUUGAGAAGUUUGCAUUUUCCAAUGCUUUAUCUCUGUCAGUAAAACUGGCAAUAUGGGAGGUUUCUCUUGACAACUUUGUUGAGUCCAUCCAGUCAAUUCCUGAGAUGCUGAAGUCUGGACAAAGAGUGAAACUGUCCAGGGCUGAAGUUAUGCAGAAGAUUGGGGAGCUCUUUUCCCUGAGGCACUGCAUAAACCUGAGCUCUGACUUACUGAUCACGCCUGAUUUCUACUGGGACAGAGAAGAUCUCGAGCAGCUCUAUGACAAGACCUGUCAGUUCCUCAAUAUUAACAGGAGAGUCAAGGUUGUGAACGAAAAGUUGCAGCACUGCACUGAACUGACAGACCUGAUGAGGAAUCACCUCAGUGAGAAACACAGUCUCAGACUAGAGUGGAUGAUCGUCGUGCUGAUCACCAUUGAGGUGAUGUUUGAACUUGCUCGUGUAAUCUUCUGAGGACCCACAGAUAUAGUCUUACAAGAGGACUUAAAUAUUUUUGUAAACCAACAAAUCAUUUUGUUUUUCUGUAAAUUAAGCUGAAGUACUCAUUGAUUCGUCAUCUAAUCUGUUGUUAUUCUUAAUGUGACUUUGAGAGCUGAAAUAAAGUUUUUUUGAAGGAUCCACAUACAGUGGAUAAAUAGUA